UGUUUGCGUACAGAACGUAAGGCCGCCGUGUAUUUAAUUCCGAGCUGUUUUACAAAAUGGCAGCUCACUUGAAAAAGCGAGCUUAUGUUGAAUUUAGUGUAUCAGUGAUCCAGGAGGAAGCCCCAAAACCAAAGAAGCUUCGUUUGACAGUUCCUCCUGUUAGUGUUUCACCAUCGCCAGUAUUUGACCUCGGUGUAGCAGCUGGCCCUCAACAAGUACUUCAGCAACUUAAAAGUUUAACUGAUAGUCUCCCUUUAUCCAGCCAACAUGUUAGUCCAGUUGUGCAUGCACUACUAGAGCGUCUAUGUAAGGAAGAAGUUGCACACGUCAGGGUGCGCAUCAUUGCAGUGCUUGGCCUACUAGUGAGGGCACCAGACUGUAAUAGAGCACUUGUUACUGAUGAUCUCACUCAAAUGUUACAGAGGGAAAACUCCCAUAAAGUGCGGGCUCAGCUGUUGGUCACAAUGUACAGCAUCUGUCAAGUAAUGCCUCUUGCCAUGGAUUUACACCAGAAGCUUGUUAUGCUAGCCUACAAGCAUCUAUCGGACUCAGACCAUGCUGUUCGACAACAGUGUUUAUCCAUAAUCGGAAAACUAGGAGUGCAAGAUAAACCCCUCAAAAGUGGGGAGAAAUCAGAGACUCCAUUGCAAGUGCUAACAGAAUAUGCAAAAGACCAAGACCCAAGGGUUAGAAGUAGUGCCUUUGAAGCUAUGUUAUCUCUUCAUCAAAAGGGUCAAGUAUUGGAGCAAUCCAUUUACAAACAGGUAUACACAGCUUUGCGUGAUGACAGUGAAAGUGUUCGCCUGGCAGCUUUACGUCUCAUGUGGGUCCUCAGUCACGUUUAUCCUGAAAACUUGAUCCCUUUGCCCGAUUCCGAAGAGAAACUGCGACUUGUUGAUGAUGCCUUCGCCAAGAUCUGCCAGUUGGUGACUGACUCAAGUGUUCAAGUACGUACCACUGCUGCAGGUUUGCUGGGUUCUCUCCAUCUUGUUAGUGCACACUUCCUUGAGCAGACCCUGGACAAGAAGCUGAUGUCAGGAUUAAGGCGUAAACGUACAGCGCACGAACGCCAGAAGGAACAGUUUGUGUCUGGUGAAUGGUCAAGUGGUAAGAAAUGGGCUGACGAUGCCCCCAAGGAGGAGCUUGACCCUGAAGGGGUGACCUUGAUGGACACUGGCGCAUGUGGAGCAUUUGUUCAUGGACUUGAAGAUGAGUUUCUAGAGGUGAGACAUGCAGCAUUAGACUCUUUGUGUGAGCUUGCCGGCCAAUCACCAACAUUUGCUGUGUUAUCAUUGGAUUACCUCGUGGACAUGUUGAAUGAUGAGAUUGAAAGUGUUCGCCUGAAUGCAGUACAUAGUUUACACAAAAUCAGCAAAGAUAUUGUUUUAAGAGAAGACCAGCUUGAGACUGUCCUUAAUGGCCUUGAGGACUCAUCUACUGAUAUUAGGCAAGGCCUUCAUCAGCUCUUAUAUUCUGUUAGUUUUGCCACCAAGAUGUGUCUUCACUUGGCCCUUCAAUUCCUACUUAAGAACCUUAAUAAGUACCCUCAAGACAGAUUGUCCAUAUGGAGGUGUUCAAAGGCACUUGGUGAAAAUCAUUCUGACCUGACCUUGACCCUUGUGCCAGAGCUUCUAGGAACGCAUCCGUACUUUGACAUUCCUGAACCAGACAUGGAUGAUCCUGGUUAUAUUUGUGUGAUGAUUCUAAUCUUCAAUUCCGCUGUAACACAGCCCACAAUGACUGCACUAUUCCCUGAAUACACAAGGAGACACUAUGCAUACCUGAGGGAUAGUCUGCCACAUCUUGUGCCAAAUGUCAGGCAUUUACAGGCAGUGUCUUCCUCACAAGAUAUAAUGUCCAUCUCUGGCAACCGCAGCCCACAGCAAUUUUUGCAACAAUCACUUGAAAAACUUGAACAGGUUGGACGUCUGGACAUGGAAGCUGCAAUUAAGCUCAUGGAAACAACUAUUAGAGAUCUGCGACGUGUUGUUGAACUUGAUCAGAACUUGGUAGCUUCAGCAGAAUUUUACUCACUUUACUUACAGUGUCAGUUGUUGUUAACAAAGGCCAUGAAAGAUAAACAGUGGUUGGUACCAGCCCCACUUUGCCCACAGCAUAAUCUGACAGUUUCAGCAACCACAAAGAAGGUAAUUGACCUUUCCUAUCAGCUGGAACAUUUAUUCAUUGGUUGCAGUGCACAAGACUUGGCUUCUGUUUAUCAGCUGCGACUAAGAGCAAUCACACUACAGUUAUUGGUGCAACUACGAGGGCGCUAUGUAUCGUCGGUGAUGAACAAAAAUAGCAUACAUCAACAAUGUGAAAACUACCUCCUGAAAUUGAAUAUACUACAGAGAUAUUUUGCUGCUAACAAUCUUCAGCCUCACAGUUUCACUCAAGCUCUUUUCUCUGAAAUGCACAAAUUCGAAGCCAGUAAGCCUGGGAUUCUAGCCAAAUUUUUGCAGCCUUUGUUGUUCCAUCAUAGAGUUCCAUGUUUAAUAUUAGACAACAAAGUGAAGCAGGCCUCGGCUGAGAUAUUUGAACCUGCUGGUGGCUCUGAUAAUCCGUUGCGUUUUACGGCAGGACUAGCUUUAGCACUCAACAUUGAUUGUAUGCUAGAAAAUGUUGAACAUGUGCAGUGCAUUCAAAUACAGGUAAAAUUUCCAGAUACGCAAACCCAGUUGUUUACACCAAGAAUGUCCGACUUCCGACAUUUAAACCCACUCAGGCAUCGUCUUGUCACUCAAGUGUAUCUCUCGCAUUCUCUGUGGUCAGAUCCUUGCCAGGUUGAAAUAUGUAUUGUGCUAGGCUACACGAUGGAUGGAUCCAAAGGCCCUCUAGCACCCCAGAUUGGUAACAGUGAAAAACAGUGUGCUCUGCAACUAUGCAAGCCGGUCAAAGUAUAUAUUAUGCCAAGAGCAUCUAAACGAUGAUGUAUUUUGCUGAGUAUUCUUUGUGUAGAUAUUGUAAAAAGAAUGUUUAUAUUUCAUUGAUAAGAUUAUACCAGAAUUUUACUGCAUUAUUUUUGCAAUAAAGCCCCUUCCAGAAGUUUGCAGUACUGUAUCCAUUUUGACAUGUUGUUGGAAUAAAACCUUUUGAGGUAAUAUACUGCAGAAAAUUGUGGAUAGUAGACUGGGUCUAUGUAACUGUACAUCCGAUGAUUUUUGCUUUCUUUUUCUUCAGCCCAGAUGAGUAUCAUGAUAAUUAUAUGUGCAGUAUUAUUAUCAAUGUUAUCACUAUCACUACAGUAUAGUCUCUGUAUCUCCUAAUUAUCCAUUACACCUGCUUGCUUCAUAAUAUAGGACACAAACCGAUAUCAAUUUGGGAGGACGUACAGUAAAACAGAAAAUCAUGCGGACAAAUACAUAUUAGUGCAGUAUAUAGCAAUGUCUAUGUAAUAAAGCAUUAAGAGUUUGUGAUAUAAAUGUAACAAAUUAAACUACAAAAUCGAGAAAA